AUGGAGAGACAUAUGGGCGACCUGGACAAUUCAAUGCCACGCUCUACACGAAAAACCCUACCCGAGAAUGGGUCGAUAUUGACAAGCACGAUGACCUGUGGGACGAACUAG